CCCACCACGGAGAUGUCUUCAGACUUUUCUCGCUGCCCAUUUUGUGCGGUUGCAACACUGCCUGCCACCGCCGACAAACACCCAAUUUACACCCGCCUGAUUGAUAAAAUCGCGUGAGAAGACUCUGAAUGGAUUCGUAGGCGAAUAUCGAUAUUCUUAAAAAAUUAAUCACGGCCAAUUGCUACAACUCUUUUUCCUGUCAAAACACCACCUAUACCGUUAUACAAACAAAAAAGCAAAAAAACUAUGCCCGCUCCGACCAAGGAAUCGUCUGCCUCGACAAACCCGGCGGCUGCCCGAAUCAGAGAAAACCAGCGUCGCUCCCGUGCACGUCGCAAGGAAUAUGUCGAGGGCAUGGAGAAGCGUCUGGCCGAAUUGGAGCGCCGUGGUGUCGAAGCAACACUGGAGAUGCAGCAGGCAGCACGCACUGUUGCUAUGGAAAACUCCCGUCUCAAGAUGCUGCUGCAGCGCCAAGGUGUAAGCCCAAUGGAGAUUAGCAACUUUCUCGAGUCGUUCCAGCACGAGGACCAAUAUGCAGACGAUCUCUCGCGAUCUGACGACGAGCACAAGCCCGAUGUUCAGGGUCAGUGGCUGGGAGCGCCGUCUAGCAGACACCACCGCGAUCUAGUCGAUAAGCUGGCCGUUCUUGCGGAUGCCAGUGUCAGUGAAAGCUCUGCGAGCGGGCAAAGAUCGUCUGGAUCUGUCGACUCCAACAUUGCCAGCCCCCAUAGCUCUCGGACUGUCACUAUGCCCACCACCCCAUCCCAGCACCACCAUGACGACCCUCACAUGCGCCAUCAGCCGCCUAGCUCGCCCCUGCUCAUGUCUUGUAAUACUGCUGCCCAGAUUAUUGCCCAAAUGCAGGGCACUGGAACCACGGAUCAGUACAAGGCCAAGAUGGGGUGCAAACAGGAAUGUGAGUGUCUGGUCAAAAACACUCUCUUGUUCCAGAUUAUGGACGGCCAUGGCCCAGCAUGAGUAACGAGGCCAUGAAUAGUGAGAGUGCAAAGCCACUCUCCAAUUUUCAAACCAAAACUGGGCCCUUUCAUUCGGGGGCAGGUUUUGUCCGCCGCUGACAUAAAGGUCAAACAUGUACAGCAAGCACGCACGCACGCAGGCUGCCGCGCCGCUCCACAGAGAGCAGGCCUUAUCAAAAAAAGGUGUACGGAGAGCACGCAUUGCAUCAGCAUUUGUUUGGAUACGCGAAGUAGAAGGAGGAAGAUGAUGACGUCUACCGCUGUAUUUGUGAUUUAGCGCAUCAUUUUGCUCAAGUUUUGACGACACAUGUAACGAAGCAUAUUUGUGAGGAGCGAGCAGACGAUGAUGACGACCUGACGAAUGGUUCCAAGGUCCCAAAAAA